UAUAAAUGUCAAAACAUACCCGAUAAUGGAUUCGGGGUUUUUUUUAAGCGACUCACAUUAUUGCCGGCUAUGCGGCGAAGAAAACGUCAAAGGUACCGACAUAUACGCGACGGAAGAGAACCAAUUAAGCAUACAAGAGUUAAUAAACAAAUAUCUGCCACUGAAGGUCGAGAUCGAGGAUAAGUUUCCGAAAUUGAUAUGUCCCGGUUGUCACAUCCAGUUGGAGGCCACCAAAUUAUUCAUGGACCUGAUCAUCGAUGGCCAGGCCAAACUCAGACAGAUAUUACAUGAUGAACAGGACAAGUUGAACAGACAGGAGAAACAAAGACUUCAACUGGAGCAGGUAUUGCAGAAUGUUAAUCCCAAGUCCAGCGUCGAGACGUACACCAUUGAGAGUGAUGACAGUGGGGAGAAAUACGUAAUCCAAAUUAUAUCGGAUGGUCCACUGUUUCCACCAGACCAUGAGUUGGCCCUGAAAGUGGAGGGCUUGAGUAAGCCAAAAAGGAAAAGGGGGAGACCUCCAAAGCCACCACCUGGUGAGGUGAUACAACCUGAGAUAAAAGAGGAGGAAGUUGUAAUUAAACAGGAGGUGCAGGAGGAUGAGGAGGAGGAAAUUGGGCCAGAUGGCAGGAGGAAAAGGAAAAUUAAAGCUCCUUCUAGGUUCCAGGAGGUAGUUCAGGGUAAAGAGUUGGACAAGUUUUUCAUUGAAGAAGGGGUGAUAGAUGAUGAUGAGGCUCAAGUGAGUAAUUCUGAAGGUGGUGUGGAGAAUAACUCAGCUGACACAGCUGUAGGUCGUGUUGAGAAUGUAGAUGGGGAAACUACAGGCCUUGUAUUUGCCAAUAAAAAUAAAGUAAGACAUGGACCAGGAAUUCUCAGAAGGAAAAAGAAGUUUAGUUGUGAAAUAUGCAGCAAAGACUUCCACCACUUUGGCAGGUUCCAAGUUCAUAGAAAGAGUCACAACAUUCACUACAUGUGUUCAGCAGGAGGAUGUGGGGAAGUCAGGAAACAUAAGGAAGAGAUGUUACAACAUCAAAAUGAAACUGGACACACUGGAUAUAAUCCUUUUGAAAAAAUUUCCACUAUAAAGGACACAGUAUUGUCUGCCACUGACAUCACGGAACCGCUGGUCGAAAUAACCGAAAUAUUACCUAACGAAACGCCAACGCAGGAAGCUCCCAGCAAAGAAUUCAGGUGCCAGCAGUGCAAUAAAACGUUCACUUGCAAACAAAACUUGGAGGUGCACAUAAAGGCCCAGCACACCAACGAGAAGCAGUACGAAUGCGACGAGUGCGGCCUCCGGUUCUCUUAUCCGCAGAGCCUGAAACUCCACAAGCACAAACACACGAACCGGGCGGCCAAAGAGGCAAAACGUUUCGCCUGCGACUCCUGCGAUAAGGUCUUCACCCACCCCAGCAGCCUGCUGUACCACAAGAACACGGAGCACAACAACGGCAAGCGGUUCGUGUGCAACAAGUGCGACAAGAGCUUCAAGCACAAGCAGCUGCUGCAACGCCACCAGCUGGUGCACUCCAACGACCGGCCGUUCAAGUGCACCGUGUGCCGCGUCGGCUUCAAGACCAAAACGGGCCUGCUGAAUCACGAGGUCAUCCACACCGGUGAGAAGAAGUACGCUUGCAACCAGUGCGGCAACUCGUUCUCACACAAGACGUCGCUGAUUCUGCACCAGCGCUGGCACGACGGUCACAAGCCGUUCAAGUGCGACGUGUGCGACAAGAUGUUCGGGCAGAAGGGCAAUCUGCGAGAGCACAUGCGUAUUCACACUGGGGAGAAGCCGUACUACUGUGAGCAGUGCGGCAACUCGUUCACCACGUCGUCACAGUACAAGCUCCACUGUAAAAAGCACUCGGGUGAACGGCCCUAUCGCUGCGAGGCUUGCCACAAGACGUUCUUGCACAAGACGUCGUGGCUGGUGCAUUCUCGUCGUCACAGCAACGAGAGACCGUAUAAAUGCCGGUUUUGCGACAAAGGAUUUUUGGAGACGUGGGCGCUGAAGAAGCACGAACGCCUGCACACCGGCGAAAAGCCCUACAAAUGCGACAAGUGCGACAAAACCUUCUCGGACGGAUCGAAUAUGAUAAAGCACAGACGCACUCACGACACAGACUCGAAACACAUGACCUUGCAGGUCAUCAAUUCGUUGCCUCAAACGGUGCUGGUAGCCGACAACGAGAUGACGAUUGAACGACGGCAAGGCAUUAACCUGGCUGACGCCUUUGGUACUGCUCAGAUUAACGAGCAGGGCCAGUUGUUGCUUGGGGAGGAUAGUGCUCAGGGAAUUAGCAUUGUGCAGGAUGAGAACAGCGUGGAGCAUAGUGUUAGGGGUCUGUUACCGGAUGGUACGAUCGUGCCUUUAGAUUGGUCCCAAAUACAGAACAACAAGGAUCUGUUUCAGAUACAGGGUGUGGACAUUGGAGAUACAGGCCUUUUGGACACAGGUGUGCAGUUUAUGGCGGGUACUGAGGAUGUUAAGAGUGUCGAUUCCAUGGGUACCAACUUGCGGUUCAUCAACGAAGAUGGACAGGAAAUGUGCUUUGUCACUACUUACGCAGUUGAUGAUAACAGCAUCAACCCCCAAAUAUUGAUGUCCAAAGAUGGACUAAUCAACAUGAAACUGGCAUAAGUUGACUGAAAAUUGAAUUAAUAUUUACCGUUUUAUUGUAUCAUUGUAUUAUUUGUAGAUAGGAUCAUAAGCUAAUUGAAUAAAACCAGUUAUUGCAUACAAAAAAAUAUAUUGUUAUACAAAUAGCAAAAUUUAUAAACUUAAUUAAAAUUUGGCUGAACUUGUGAAGCAAUCAAGCCUUUGAGAAACAUUAAUAUAUAACAAUUAAAAUUUAUAUUUUAAAAGCA